GGCGACCUGCGGCCGGGGCCCGGAGCUGGGUCCCUCCUCCUCAUGCGGUGGUUGUUACUCUAGCUGCGGGGCCCUCGCGAGGGUGAUGGAUUUUGAGAAUCUUUUCUCCAAACCCCCCAACCCGGCCCUGGGUAAAAAACCGACCACGGACUUUGAUGAAAGAAUCGAUGAUGGAAUAGAUGAUGCAGAAGUUGAAGAAACACAAGAAGAGAAAAGAAAAAUACAAGAAGAGAAAAUAAAAUGGGAAGUAAAACUGGAAUGUGAGCAAAUACCCAAAAAAUUUAGGCACUUUGGGAACUCCACAACAUCCCCGAAGAAUUUGCAGUAUAGAAAAUCAAGAAGUAAGGACUAUGAUGUGUAUAGUGAUAAUGAUACCUGCAGUCAGGAAUCAGAAGAUAAUUUUGCUAAAGAGCUUCAGCAGUAUAUACAAGCUAAAGAAAUGGCAAAUGCUGCUCAAUCCUUACCAUUUCCUGAAGAAUCAAUGAAGAAAGAGGGAGCGAAGGAUACCCAGAAAGCUGUUAAACAAAAAAAUAAAAACCCUAAAGCUGUCCAGAAAAAUGGUAAGCAGAAGAAAAUGAAGCGAAAACGGGCUGGCACGGGCCAGAAAGGAUCGAACGCUUCCUUGCAGAACAGAAGCUCACAAGAACAGGAUGAUAAACCUAAGGAGAAGCAGCCGCGUGUGAGAAUGAGUCAGGGAUUCAUCAACCAACAUACAGUGGAACGCAAGGGGAAACAAAUUUGUAAAUAUUUUCUUGAAAGGAAAUGUAUUAAGGGAGACCAGUGUAAAUUUGAUCAUGAUGCCGAGAUAGAGAAGAAAAAGGAAAUGUGUAAAUUUUAUGUACAAGGAUACUGUACCAGAGGUGAAAACUGCCUAUAUUUGCAUAAUGAAUAUCCUUGCAAGUUUUACCAUACAGGAACAAAGUGUUAUCAGGGUGAAUAUUGCAAAUUUUCACAUUCUCCACUGACUCCUGAAACACAAGAAUUGUUGGCCAAAGCUUUGGAUACGGAAAAGAAGUCAUCAUGAAAAUAAAAGGCAUAAAAAAGUUUUGUAUAGAUGAAGAAUACUUAUGCCUACACCCGUUCAAGACUGUUGAUUUGGAGUGGUUUACAAGAGUCCUCAUUUAAAGCGCCCUCUUGUGUCGGUAUGAUGUUGUGCAUCUUCUUUAAUGGACGGUGUGGAGGGGACAGAAUCUAGUGUAUGAGUGAGGGAAUUACCUUCACCAAGAUACUCCAGCCCGUGGAACAAGAGGGGAGCAUAUAUGGCAGAGAUGCUGGCUGGUAGGUCAACUUUGUGAUACUGAAUUGCAGAAGUCUUUUGAUUGAGUUUUGUCAAUAAAAUAGAAAGAAAGGUUAACCUGAGUGAGGAUGGAUGAAGAGAUAGAGGAGAACGAAGAGAGAAAACUGUUAAGUUUCUCUAAGAAGACACUGGGAUAAUAGGUAGAUGAUGACUAUAGUUAGAUCUUUUCAUGUCAUUAAAUACAUUUGCAACAUAUUUUUAAUGGUUGCUCAUAAUUUUGUUUUAUGGCUUAAAUUACGGUUUUGUGAUUUUUUUUUUAAAACCACUUUCCUGUUUUUUCCAGUAUCUUACUAUUGUAAAUAAAAUGGAGCAAUGCCUCUUGCUAUGCCAUUCCUAUACUUGGAGUUCUUAACUUUUUUUUUUGUUAAGGCAUGAGAAUGGUUAUAUUUUUCGUUGGUUCAUAAACUGUAGUGAAAUCGUAUUGUACACUUGUGUAAAAUGUAAAUUUUAGAAGUGUGAUGAUAUGUUUAACAUGAUAGUCAAAAGCAAAAUUCUCCAAGCACAAAUCAUGAGAUCCUAAAUAUGCACUUUUAUAUAGUGGUACUGAUUAUUAUUAGAAAAAUACUGGAAAACUGAAACUGUCAUCAUCAUAUUGUUUUAUUGGUGGGAAGACUAAUAGCAUCACUGACUUGCUGUAUACAGAGUAUACCAAAGGUAGCAAAUUUUUAGCAAAGUUCUGUUUGAAAAUAUGAGUCAGUUACUUUGCUUGUAACGUAAUCCUGCUAAAGCAGGAAAGAGAAUUGUGGGUGUUAGGGUCCAUGAUCAAAGGAACGAGACUGAUACAAAGCGAAGGUCAAGCAAAACUUGGA